GAAGGAGGGAUUGCAAGCACCAGGACAGACAGCAGCAGCAGCAGCAGCAGCGGCAAGAGCAGUUCUGGCGACAGUGAUGAUGACAGCGACAGGAGUAGCGGCAAAAGUGGCAGCAGCGAUAGGAGCGAUGCGAGCGGCAGUAGCGACAGCGGCGACACCGGGAGCUACAGAAGCGAUGAAAGAGGCCACCGCGGCGAUGGAAGCAGGGGCGGAGGGUUCUCGCCUGCGGGAAAGGCGGCCAAGCGCAAGCUGGUCUGCGUCGAGGAAGGAAAGGAUCGCCAGAAGAAGGUUUGCCGCGAUGGCAUCAGUGACCGCAAGGCUGCCAUGGAGCUUGGGACGCAGCAUGAGGAGGUAGCACCAACGGGCCGCUCCAAGCGUGCACGACAGCCGUCCAGGAAGGCCAUGGAGCAGGCGGAGACCGAGGAGUAUCAGCGGGAGCAAGUGAAGAAGCACAAGACGUCUGCACCUUCGCAACCGGUUUCCGGCACCAACAUAAUGGACAAGUUGGCGGUGGACAAGAAGGCCUUCGGACUCGUCGUCAAGUCCUUUACGGCGGAGGACAAGGCUGACAAGGGCAAGGGCGGACGUGUGGGCAACGGGAUCAGCAAGGGCAGCAGCCGCAAAGACGACGGCAACAGGGGCACCAAGAGCUGCAGCAAGGGCAAGGGAAGGAAGUGACGGCUGAAAGAAAGGCCAGUUCUGCAGGUGUGCAGACUGUUUCAUCCGGUUGGGCGCAUUUUGAUCGGUAUGUGCUUCGGAGAGAGAGAACUUCAUAGGAGAGGAAGCAAGUUAAGACGAAGGGAGAAGAUUUCAUAGGAGAGAGGAAGCAAUAUAAGGUAUUACAUCAGUAGGGGUGUAUUCAAUUGAGGCACAGAUCUUGUUUUAUUUGAUUUAUUUGAUAGUUAUGACUAGUGUGAG